UUUUACAAAUUGUGCCUAAUGAUUUUAUACUGCAGGUGAAUUGGAAGUGUAUGAUCCCGGAGAAGGCUGAAUUGAGGGGCAAUGACUUUAGGAAAUAUUUCAAGAAUGUAACCCUGCUGAAGGUGUUGAUGGUGAGCUUUGUGAUGCCAAUUUUGGGGCAGGCUGCAACAAGAUGAAGGGCAAGCUGCAUUGGGGUCCAGAAACUGGUGAUGGAAAUGAGAUGGAAAAUACGAAGGAGAAAAAGUCGAAGCUGAAGCUGCCAAAAAAAGAUGCGAGGGCGGGAUGUAAUGAACAUCAGAGAAAUGAAGAAGUGGUUCGGAAAGCAAAGCAAAAGACAGUUCAUGACACCGGGAAACAGGAAAGAAUGGAUGGAUUGGAUGAGAUGCUAAGAGAGGUCUUGAAGGGAAUAUCAAGAAUAGAGAAAAGUAAUAAAAUUUUGAGUAAAAAGAUAGAUGCAAUGAGUAAUGAUUUUAAAGAGAAUCGGCGAAGUGUAGAAGCAUGCUUGGAAAGGGCUGGUUUACUUUCGGGUGAGAAGGGAAGAAAAGAACAGAGAGCACGGGAUCAGUCAAUUCCUAGUUUUGAUUUAGGUCUGGAUUCUGAUAAAAAAAAUGAAGUUGGGGAAUGCAGUGGGGAUGUAGAAGUGAAUGAGGGAAAGGGAGAAGAGUAUGGUGUGGUUGCAGAGUUAGAUGUAGAGGAUUAUAACCCCCACAUAUCACUGAACACCAUGAAUCACUGGAGGAAAGUUGUGCUACAAAUGAAAGACAGGGGGGAUAAGGCUUUGGGAAAGGCACAUGAGGGGUCUGAGAGAGCAGCAGACCCAUCAGAACUCCAAAUCGAUGUUGAAAAGGAAAAUGCUGAUGUGAUUGAAACGAUUGAUUGUGGCCCGAAUAACAGCAUUACAAAGGAUGCUGGGUUUAAGGACACUUUUGAGACCCCGACCCGGUUUUGUGAGGUUGCUGGUGCCCCAAAUAACGAAGCUACAGAGGUUGCCGGGUUUAACGACACUUUUGAGAACCCAACACAUAUGUGGGAGGUUUACAACCCAAACAACGAUGUAGCUGCACUUAUGGAUGAUGGUGAAGAAACGAACAGGCCAAGGAGAGAAUCUAAAGCUCCAAAAAGAUUCACUCCCAGAAAAAAGGGAAUUGGAAGGGUGAAUAAAAGGCCGAAGACAGACACGUGUAUGUACAGGGUGGACAGAUUGGAAGAAGAAAUGUUCAAAGGACCAUUCACUGAGGAUCCUGAUGAAAUGCCACCAAAAGAAGCAGUGAAGACAGUGGAGGACAUUUUGUGUGAUGGGCUGUUGAGGAAUCACAUAAGAGAGCGCGUUAGGAAGUAUUAUGCUGGGAGGGAUAAGAUGGAUCCACUGAAGUUUAAGCCACUAUAUGGGUUGGAGGCGACAUUGAGUAAGAGUUGGUAUUACAAGCUCUUUUUUUCAUGGGCAUGGUUAGAUGAUGAGCAUAUGCAAGUGGUAUUCUACUACUUGAGGAUGAAGGGGAUCGAGUUUGGGUUUCAACAGAAGUAUACCACAACAGACCCGUCCUUUCUUACGCUGUUGAACUCGUUGUAUCAGCGGUACCUUAAACAGGAGUUAACAAUUAAAGACGCAGCAAGGAAUGGCAACAUGAUGGGUACCAUAGUUGGCGGGAAGCUGGAAUUUGGACGUCCGUGGGCGGAAACAGAGUUUGUAUACAUGCCGUUAGGCACAGACGGACAUUGGACACUGUUGGUCCUCAGUAUUAGAGAGAAAAUGAUACGAGUUUAUGACUCCAAGGUUAGGAGGGGUCAAUCUUUGAGAAAUAUCCACACCCAUCUUCCGUGCCUUCAAACGUUCCUACCAAAGAUAAUGGACCGACUUGGAGUUUAUGGAGAUAAGAAUGAAGCAGAAUUGGGCGACACAGCGUUGCGUGUGGAGGGGGUUCCAAACUGUCCUCAACAAGUGGAUGGGUCAAGCUGUGGAAUAUUCGUAGUAAAAUUCGCAGAAUACCUGAUGAUGGGCAAGGAUGUGGGGGGCAUUAAUGCUGUUAAAAUCGAUGAUUACAGGAAGAAAAUGACGGUGGAACUAAUGAAUUACGCAUCAUUGGCAGGUGUUAAGAAAUGAAUUGUUUUGAAUUAUUUAUCACUUAGUGUACGAGAGAAAUUGGUAUUGCUUAUUACCGAGUAUGCUACAUUUUAUGAAAUAGUUCAUGGGAACGACAUGUUUGUGGUGGAUGCAUUUCAUUUAAAAUAUGUUUAGACGUUGUUUUUGUAAUGAGUUUCAAUGGAUUUGUUUUAUGGUUAAGGUUGGAGCAUAAU